AUGAGUUUGUGUUUAAGACCUAAGUACUUACGGCCAAAUUUAAUAGGUUCUCUUUUCCGGUAUUCAACUGCAACAACCGAAAUUGCAGAAACAAAUGACCAUGUAUUGAUAGAUGAUUCUGAUGCUGCUCAGGCGAAAGAGGCUGAAAUUGAAAGGAAACGGAAUAUUUCCCGUUUAGCUCCAUCUCAUCAAAAUCUUAUUAGUGGCCGGCGGCCUUAUGAAGAAGCGAAAAGCAUAACACAUCUGACAGUUAAAUACAAUAGAAAAAUGUAUGGAAAGUAUGGGAGUGCUAGUGGUGUAAAUCCAAUUCUGUGCUUCCCAACAAGAAAAGACAUCAGUGAGAGAUUAGAAUAUGAAGCUGUAGCUUACCCAUACAGCAUAAAGCAGAUGAUGGAACAAGCAGCACAAAAAAGGAGAGAAGAAGAAUUGAAAAUAGAGCAGAGGGAUAGAGAAGUGGCUACAAAGCAUGCCAAACUGGAAACCUGGAAGAAGGAGCUCAAUGAUAAAAUAGCAAAGAAGUUAUCUGAAGCAAAUGCAGCCAAGGAAAAGAAAGAAAGACUUGUUGAUGAGGUCAGAAGACACUUUGGUUUUAAGUUGGAUCCUCGAGAUGAGAGGUUCCAAGAAAUGUUGGCAAAGAGAGAGAAAGAGCAAAAGAAGCUAGAGAAAAUGGCAAGGAAGGAGGCUAGAGAAAAGCAGAUGAUUGCCAAAUUACAACAGAAGAAUGUGGGGAUCGGUGAUAAGUGA